GAUUAUACCCGUUGGCAAGUUGCUUCAUUGCUGCUUUUGCUAGUGCUGCUGCUGCUAUACCAUAACAAUAUGGCUAAAGUGCUACAUGUGGGCACAAUUUUAAUCAUUGCAUUCAGCAUAUUACAAGAAUCAGCAGGGGAAUCGACUACUCUGCCAACAACUACAGAUACAGGACAAAACAAGUCCACUACUGAAACUCCCCAUCCACCCAGCACAAUAACAAUGUCCACCAGCUCUACUUUUACAAAUUUUUCAAGAACAGUGAGUCAGAGUUUGACUGAAGUAAAUACAACAAACAGCACAUCUCCUGAAACAAGCAUCGAUCAAAGAACCACAUCUUCACCCUCACUUAGCACGAUCACCACCACGGAAAAGACCAAAACGACGUCAAUGGACAGUCAGGACAGUGGAAACACUGCAUUAAGGACAACUGAAAUCAGUUCAGUAAAACCCCUCCUAUCAUCUACUAUAGAAUCUGGCAAGACAGGUGCUUCAACAGAAAACCUGAACACGACCCCAAGUUCAGCUUCCAGUAAUAAUGGAGAAGACACCUUGGCGAGGAACCCAGGCCUUGUGGCCAUCCUGUCCAUUUUCUUUAUUAUUUUGGCUUUGGUGAUUGUGGUUGCAAUCAGUAAGAUCGCCACGAACUGCCGAAAAAGUUCACAGUUUGAAAGGCUGGAUGAUUUACCUAUGAACAAGAUGAAUGAGGAUGCACCAUUUGCUCAGUACCCUCCAAAAUAAAUAAUGCUUUGAAGACAUAUCAUUUGUACAAUCAUUCAUGAGAAUGCAUACUGGGAACUGGGUGGAGUCCUGCUUUAACCAGAACGUGUAGUGCAUUGUUGUUCAAAUGUGUAAUUACGUAAUUACACAUCAGACAUGUUUUUAGAAUUAGAAAUAAUUAAUUUCAGGUGCUAUUGUAUUGGAUAUGUCACACGAUCCUAAGAGCAUGCCACUAUGAUAUGUGUGCUUGUGUGUGAGAGGGAGACAGAGGGAUCAUGGGAGUGUAUGCAUCAUGAUUUUUCGCCUCAUGCCAUUUUUUUUUUGGCUUACAUGUUUGCCCAUUAUAUAUUUAUUCCCUUUCUAGACUUUAUUUGUUGUUAAAACUAUUGGUUGUCAUGAGUGCAAGGGUUGGCGAGGCUAUAAUUCAUUAAGUACCUUCUUCAUUGUAGCUUCGAGUACUUUGAACUUACUAAGAAAUCAUUAUUUUAAUAUUCUCAAUGCAUUAACUAGGGUGGUGUUGCUACAGCCAGGAUUCUUCUUUUUUCCUCGUCUCCAUAUGAGCUUCCUCUAGGGGGCUCUAGAUUCCUCCCAUCUCUCAAAGACAUGCCAGUAAGUAAAUUAAUGACUCAUACUUGCCCCUAGGUGUGUGUGUGUGUGUGUGUGUGUGUGUGUGUGUGUGUGUGUGUGUGUGUGUGUACGUGCGUAGGUGCGUGCGUGUGUGUAAGGUGUCCUGUGAUAACACGGAGUCACACCCAGAGUGUAUUCCCAGCUCACACACUGACCUGGGAUAGACUCCAGCUCUGGCCAGGACACAGUGCUUACUGAAUAUGAAUGAAAGAAAGGCCAGAUAUACAUAUUGGCCAAAGAAAAAAAAUGGAAAAUGAAAACAUGGUGUGUUUUUUGAGGACUGAUCUUCAUAACAAAGAAAAAUAUCUUCUAAGCAUACUGUAAUAAAACCUUUUAAUAGGCAUUGUGGUGCACAGUGGGGGAAUUAUUUAUACAGAAAAUGUACAUAUAAAAAGAAAACCAACAACAAAACAAUCAAAUCAAUAAAUGAAUAGACAAUCAAGACUCAGCUUACUAAAAAAUGCUUUGUUUGGGUGCACACUCUUAGGAAAGGUUACUAAACUGUAUUUCCUUUGUUAAUUAAGCAAUUCUCUUAGGGUUAGAUGUAUGAUAUUGGGACAUGUAUAUAGGGCAUGUACUGUAUCUGUUACCUAGAAAAAUGAACAUGGUGUGGAUUUAUUUCUCUAUUCUAAAUUAUAUCCGUAUGUCCAUAUUCUGAAGUUUAAAAGUGAGAUUGAUGUGUAUAGUAUUUCAUAAAAACUCUAAAGAUG